CAGCCAAGGAACUUCAGAGUGGAGCAGCAGGGUUUGGAUUUCAGAGUUGGGAGAGCGACUUUGGCACUGACACAAAGUGGACGGUCAACUAUCCCCCUAAAACGCCGUACCCGCUUCUUCUUCUUUUUUUUCAUGCCUGCCCGUUUAUACCCUCUUCUGAGAAACAAUAAGACGCAUUAGAGGCUGCGGGAUGUACACAGCCGGGCUCAACCCGUUUUACGCGUCAAACUUUAGCCUCUGGUCUGCGUACUGCGCGGGGGGCUUCGCGGUGGAUACGAUGAAGAAACCCUCGUUUUGCAUCGCAGACAUUUUGCAGGCAGGAGAUGCCGAGAACAUCCCAGGAUCGUCGGCGCUCAUGGUGCAUAUGGGACACCACCACCGCGCGCCGCACGGACACUCCGGCAGCUCGCCGCUGCGCCCUUCUCCCGUCGCGCCCGAGCCGUACGGCGCGAGGGUGAGUCCGGCGUCUCCUUACAACAGACACGGACUACAGCUGACAUCAGUCUCCAGAACGGCAUUUAACUCCCAACAAGCACCCCCGCCUUCAAGCAAGGACCUCAAAUUCGGAAUUGAUCGGAUAUUGUCGACAGACUUUGAUCAGAGAGGCAAAGAGAAGUCGUCAUUAAGAGAUCUCACAUCCAUCGUUAGCUCGAACCGUCAGUCAGGAAUCCACGUCCCCAUUCAGCCUCCGGCCAGCCAGUACUUCUCCUGCAUAGACCCCGGGAUGAGCGACGCGUCCUCCAUGAUGAGUUCACUAGGCAGCAGCAGCAGCAGGCAUUCAGGCCAGCAUCAGUUUCAGGACACCUUCCCAGGUCCAUAUGCUGUUCUCACUAAAGACACCAUGCCACAGACGUACAAGAGGAAAAGGUCGUGGUCGAGGGCAGUGUUUUCAAACCUGCAGAGGAAAGGACUGGAGAAAAGAUUUGAGAUACAGAAAUAUGUCACCAAGCCGGACAGAAAGCAGCUGGCUGCGAUGCUCGGGCUGACAGACGCCCAGGUGAAGGUGUGGUUCCAGAACAGACGCAUGAAGUGGAGACACUCCAAAGAGGCGCAGGCUCAGAAGGACAAGGAGCAGCCGGACAAGAGCGCGUCUGAGUCCGGCAGCAGGGAGCACAAAGAGCCGGCGGAGGAGUCCGAGUGUGAGAGCGAGGGACGGAGCGAGUGUGAGUCCGACGAGGCACCGGAGGAAAACUCCGACGGACAUGUGGACAUUUGUGAGCCAACAAACCAAACCAGCGUGAUCAUAAGCGGGAGCAGCGGGCCGGUGAGCGGCGGGGAGGCGGCGGCCACAGCCACAGAGGCCCCUCAGAUACUGAUAUGACGGCUGUAGUUUAUGAACAAUACGUUUUUAUUAUUAUUUUGAUAGAAGAACGACAGUGAUGUUAGAACGCGUCUGGACUGUCAAUCCAGCAACUCUAUGAGACAUUUGCAACGUAAAGCCAAGCCUGUGCGUGUCUAAUUCCUGGGAACAAGUGGAGCAACGAGCCAGUAGGCCGCAUUAUUUGUUCAAUAUGACACUUUAUUUUAGCCCAGACACAAAGAACAUGGUCCAAAUUAAUGUGUUCAUUUCAUUAAGGGUUUCUCUAAGGCUCUAACGAUAAAUAAAUAAAAAACAAGCUAUUUAAAUAUUUAAAAAUUGGACAUCCAGCGUCUCCUUACUGUCGUUUUCCUCUCAAGAGCUUCGUGUGCAUCAUGUUUUCCUCAUCUGAAGGAAAUAAUGCAGUUGUGAAUUACAUUUUUAGGUUGUGAACCACUCGUUUCACGUGAUAAAUGACAUUUCAGAACACCACAGCAGUGUUCAUGUAUUACUUGUUUUUUCUGGAUAUAUAGUUGUGCUAUUUUGUUAAUAAUAAUUUGCACUGAAAAUAUUGUAAAUAAAAUGUUUCUUACUUUA